AUGCUUUCUGCAGACGAUCAGAGAGAAGCUCGUUCAAAAGCCGCGGAGGACUCGGAUUUCACAAUCGAACCGCGAUCCAACAAUGAGGAAGCCUUUCGCCAAUGGCGAGACGCCAUGCGAGCAAUGGCCCGUCUUGACGAUGGCAUCCCUCCGCAAUUUCGUCGACGCAUCUGGUUGGCACUGGCCGAUCACCAGAUUGUCACGCAACGUCUCAAUUGGCCCCGCCUCGUCCGAAUCGUCUUCAACGGUCAGAUGAAUCCGGAUGAUGAUAGGCUUGGUCGCCAAAUUGUUAAGGAUCUGCAUCGCACGGGCUGCGAUGAAAUCGGCUCAGAAGAGGACCGAGCCGCCUUGAAGCGUGUUCUGUUAGCCUACGCGCGUUGGAAUAAGCGAGUGGGUUAUUGUCAAGGUUUCAACAUCCUCGCUGCAGUCAUCCUCAAUGUGAUGGAACGGGACGAGGAGGCCGCCUUCAAGGUA